AUGGACCUGGGGGAGCUAGGGGAGCCAGGGGAGCCGGGGGUUGCGGCCUGGGGAGACACGGGGGGGUCCCGGCUGGGCGGGCGGGGGCUGCUAGAGCUGGCGGUGGCCAGCGGGGUGGCCGCCUGGGCUACCUGGGCCCUUCUGCUGAUGCCCGGCUUCCGACGGGUGCCCCUAAGAUUACAGGUACCCUACCAGCCCUCCAGCCCCCAGCAAGUGGCAAAUGUGUUGGCUCUGCUGCGGGACCGCUCAGGGAAGACGGUGGACCUGGGGUCAGGAGAUGGACGGCUGGUGGUAGAGGCUUAUAAGCAAGGUCUCAGACCAGCCAUUGGCUACGAGCUCAACCCUUGGCUGCUGGGGCUCUCCAACUACCGGGCUUGGAAAGCUGGCUACCAUGGCAAGGUGUCCUUCCUGAAGCAAGAUCUGUGGAAGGUGAAUCUUUCUGAUUGCUACAAUGUGAUCGUGUUCCUGGCCCCCAGCGUGGACCAGAAACCUCCCCUGGCUGCCAAGCUCCUGGCAGAACUCCCUAAUGAAGCUCGGGUGGUGUCUGGACGCUUCCCCUUCCCCUCCUGGACGCCCAGCAGCACCCUUGGCCAGGGUCUGGAGCAGGUCUGGGCCUAUGACAUGAAGGAGGUGCGGCAGGCAGUGCAGAACCCACCCUGAUAUCAGCCCCUUACACCUGGGGUUAAGCCUUGGAGAUGGUGGGGUGGUGGUCCCACCUUGGAUUCCAAAGAGCGGGCAGGCUGGGGGAAGCAAAGGAGGGAAAAAUCAGACCUAGAAAUCCUGGACUUAUUGCAGGAUUUAAGGGUUAAAUCCCCAGGUCUACUGGUUUAUUUCUAGUUGACUUUGUUUCAAAAUAAACGUUUGUAUGGUUCUUCCCUUGA